AUGGCAGAACUCGCCUUAGUUUCUAGAUACCGGAACAGGAAUAGACCAAAGAAGAAGACAAAGAAGAACGAUGUUGGUGGUGAUGACGAAAGCGCUGGCAGGGACCAAUCUUUGCAAGGCGCCGCCGAGGAGAUGGAGCAGGUGUCGGACGAUGUGGCAAUUGAGAACGACUUGGCUUACUUACUCACAAAUGAGGAAGUUGAAGUAGUCCUACAGGACGAGACAGAGUAUAUACCCACUGGUAAAUUUACCGAGAUCAAUAUUGGCGUCUCACAAACGCAACACCCGGCCAAGAGUGGUAAGAAAGUUGAUAAAGAUGCAUCUCGGAGGAAACGGGUUGAGCCCCGUUUCUCAGUGGCAGAAGUGGUUCUGGAUAUAGCCGAUCUCCAAUUCUCGAGCGACGAGGAAGAAAAAUACAAUCAUACGAGAGAAGCUACAAGCGUGAAUGGCAAACGUAAGGGUAAAAUGAAUUCUAAAAACUCGACGCUGAAAGCGCCAAAGGGGCGCCGUGACAAGAUCGAGAACCUGGGAGAACACGUUGACCAGGGUAAGAUACACAAGCCUAGAAACGCACAGGUCCGCGCCCACGAACACCCGCCAGCAUGCUCAAACUCAGGCCCAGGGCCCAAGCAAUCCAGGAAAAAUACCAAACGGGAGCACACGACGAAUAGCGCUCACAUCCAACAAGGCAUAGAUGGCAACCAGGAUUUUGAAUCUAAGUCGGCUCAUCCUAAAGAGCAAGACGGUUUAGCAGCGCAAGGUCAGGAUGCCAAAGCCAAGAGUUCCAGCAAGACAGUCAAGAAGAAAUCAGCAACUCGCACUCCAAAGAAUGAUGCCAAAGGACCUCCAGCUUCAACUACAACUACAACUACACCUCAAAAGAAAUCUGCUUCCAAAGACAAGAACAAAAAGUCUGCUGAUGCAUCCAGAAAGCAAGGCAAAAGCGCGAGAGAUCAAGACAUGCAAAAGCUGCCUGAGAGCCGUCCGUCCAUUCCAGCCGAUGAAGAAAAGGUGAGUACAAAAGUCCAUGACAAGCAAAAACUUAUUCAGUUGAGCUGA